AUGUCCCAGACUUCAUUGGCAACAACGAAACAGCGGCUCGGGACAGGUUAUACGGAGACACCUGACAGGCUUGACUGGUGGGAUCUGGAGUGGGCUUCUUGGCAGGGCGUGACGCCUGGUCACCAACUGGUCCGCGACGAAGAAACAAGACUUUUUUUUGUGGUUUUUUUUUUCUUUCGCUGUAAUGUAACCUGGGGGAAUGAUUACUGGAGUACUGGAGUGAGAUCGAAUGAAAACUCAUCACAACUCACAGUUGAGAAGAGAAUGGGCCAGGACUUGGCUGGGCUCUUGGGAUUUCUGGAUCUUGGUACACUGGAGAAACUGGAUCGAGGAGUUGGAAGUGGGAAAGGCUCAAGAGUUGAUACCUGGUGCCGGGACAUGCGUGGCUCUGGGUCCCUCGGCCCAGUUAUGUGUUUAGUACGUUACAACUUUGCAGUUCAAGCUUACCUGGCAGCUUAG